AUGAGUUGUCCCCUCCCAGGCCCCAGACGACGGCGGGACAACAAGAAAAGAAAGGCAGGAGGAAAACAGCAAAACGACUGGGAAAAAAAGAGGGUGUGGAGCUCUUCUAGUGUCCUCCCCCUAUCCCGCACAAUCGCCGCUGAAAAGAUUGGAUCUGAUUGGGGAAUUGGUGGGGGUUUCCAGACAACAACUGGCCAACUGGAUGUUGCUCUGAGCAACGGCAACGUGGGCGGUCUCUGCAGGCAGAACCACCACACCGCGAUGCUGCAAAACGACCCCCCGUCCGCUGCAGCCAAGGAUGGACACAGCGCCGCCGCAGCGCCGCACCGGACGAGACCCAAAGCAGCGACGAGCAGCCAGACGGGCGAAUUGCCCAAUGCUUACUGGGCACGCUGGAUCGCCGGCCCUGGCUGGCUGGCUGGCUUAGGAUUCAAGGGUUGUCGCCUUGGUCUCGACUUUUUUUGCGAGAAGCUUGACUGGGGUCUCCCUGGCAACCAUUCAAACCAUUUCCGGGACUGGUUGCCCGCUACGGAUACAGGCUACGUACAGGGUACAGCUCGGCCUCCUUGGUUGAAGCAUUGGAGAUAUGUUCCACUUCCCGUGCUCCUGCAAUCCAGGACCGUCGUCGAGACUGCCUCCUUUAGACACUGUGAAGGUCCCUUCAGGCAGGGGAAACAAGAUGCCCCAUCCGCAACCUGGAUUGACGCAUUUUGUAGGCGCAACCGACGGAUUGCAUCAGUCAGGCAACGCCACCCGCGCGAGCCACACCUUCCAGUCGUUUCCUGUCUUGUCGCAGCCGCCCUCAUCCGACUCAAUGUUUGGGCACUGGACGAAGCUGCAACAUGUUCGGACGCGUUCUUCGGUCUUUCUUCAGCCAGUCCAACUCAACCUGUUUUUCCUGGAUCCUGUUCCAUCCAUGCACCCCGCAGUGUCUCCUCUCGAAUCUCCAAUUUCGACGUCAUGCUGCCAAGCUGUUGA